CGGUCACACUGCUUUUACCAACAUACGCACAACCGCUUGCUGCUCCAAUUCGAAAAUCCCAAUAAGAUGAAGCUGACUUUCCUUGUCCUCAUCGCCUUCGUGGCCACAUCCUUGGCCGCCGACCCCAAGCUGAAGAUCGGGAUCACGAAGCGCGUGGAGGACUGCAAGCGUCAGGCCAAGAACGGCGAUCUAGUCCACGUCCACUACAAGGGCACUCUGGAUGAUGGCUCGGAGUUCGACACCAGCUACAAACGCGGCACUCCCUUCUCCUUUACACUGGGCGCCCGCCAGGUGAUCAAGGGUUGGGACCAGGGCAUCCUUGGCAUGUGCGUAGGCGAACAGCGGAAGUUGACGGUUCCCCCAGAGUUGGGUUAUGGAGCAAGUGGAGCAGGCGGUGGACUUAUUCCCCCCAAUGCAGUGCUCCAUUUCGAAACGGAAUUGAUGAAAAUCGAACCGUCCUCCGAUGAGUUGUAGGAAUGAUGGUUAUACAUUGAGCAAGUGCCAUCGAGAGGAAUGCAGUGCCUAAGCCCAAAGUUUAUAAAUUAAGUUUUUAAUUGGAAUUAAAACUGUGUGUUUAA